UUGUACAAUCCUUAAAACACAAGACAUUUGUGACAGUAGAAAUUAUUGAUGUGACAUUUCUGGAAUUAAAUGAGUAGGGAAAAAAUCCUACUGCAAAUGAAUAAUCUCAGUCUACAACGUCUGACUGCCUCACGUUCAAAGAAUUCCAAUUCAUAAGAGAAGCAAUGAAUACGAAGAAACCUUUGAUACUUUGAAGUGUAGUAUCCAAGAAAAAUGCAAUGUAUAGGCGUUUUGAUACUCUAAUCUACACUGCAGUGUACAAGAGCAGGAAUCUAGUAUUAUAAAUGCUUUUUUUUUUACUAGAAAGAUAAAGUUCACACCAAGACUAAAUGCAUUCUAUACAGAGUGGAUGUAACCUGGCAGUAAUGUUAUUAUUUGUGUUUCAACACUAAUAAUAAUUAACUUACGAGACGGUGAGCUCAAAGGGAACAUGAAGAAGUGGCGUCCUCGAACCAGCGUGGUCAAAUUGGCAGAGUUCUCUGAUACUCCUGAAGACUUCCUGAGAAAGUAUGAAGAGCUGAAGUCCAAAAAUGUCCGAAACCUCGACCCUUUGGUCUAUUUGCUCUCCAAACUCUGCGAGGAUAAAGAGACGCUUCAGUGUCUGCAGCAGAAUGCCAAAGAAAGAGCAGAUUCAUCAGCAAACACAACAUCCACAACCACAGCCAGUUACACUCUGCCUCAGACCACCACCAAGAUAUCAAUGCAGGAACUGGAGGAGCUGCGGAAGAAGCUCGGCAAUGUUACAGCCAGCUCCAGUGCUCCACUGCCUGCUGAAGUAACAAGGAAGAUGUUGAGAGACAAGCACAACAAGAAAAACCCUACCCAGCCCAUUCCUGUGUUUCCUAACUGGGUCUACGACCGUCCUGCUCUCCUUGGUGACUUUAUCACCAGCCCCAACCCUCCAGGAGAUCCAAAUGUGCCCGUUGGUACAAUGCCCUUGGCUGCUCAAGAACAAACUCUGGUGGAAGAUCUGCUCUUUGUCCUGAUUGGAGUUGAUGGCAGAGACAUUACAGCUCAGCCUGUCCUGGGGAGACAGAACCGCUCCUUCAUUGUUGAUUCAACACUGGACCUCUCUGUCAAAGAGCUGGUUAACAGAAUACUACCAGUGGCUUCAUAUUACUCCACUGUGACACGUUUUAUCGAGGAGAAGUCAUCCUUUGAGUAUGGCCAGGUGAACCACGCUCUCACUGCUGCAAUGAGAACUCUAAUGAAGGAAUACCUGAUCCUGGUCACUCAGCUGGAACACCUCCAGCGACAGGGCCUGCUGUCUCUGCAGAAGCUGUGGUUCUAUAUUCAGCCCACCAUGAGGACCAUGGAGAUACUAGCAUCUAUUGCAUCCUCGCUGGAUAAAGGAGAGUGUAUGGGUGGGUCAACACUGAGUCUCCUGCAUGAUCGAACAUUCAACUACACUGGAGAUAGCCAGGCUCAGGAACUGUGUCUUUACCUCACCAAAGCAGCCAGUGUCCCUUACUUUGAAAUACUAGAGAAGUGGAUCUAUAGGGGAAUCAUCAAAGAUCCAUACAGUGAGUUCAUGGUGGAGGAGCACGAGCUGCAGAAGGAGAAGAUUCAGGAAGACUACAAUGACAAGUACUGGGACCAGAGAUACACCAUUGUACAGCACCGUAUUCCCUCUUUUUUACAGAAAAUGGCAGACAAAAUAUUAAGUACAGGCAAAUACCUCAAUGUGGUACGGGAGUGUGGUCGAGAUGUGACGUGCCCAGAUGCUAAGGAGGUUCUGUACACUUUAAAGGAACGGGCCUACGUGGAGCAGAUAGAAAAGGCCUACAACUAUGCCAGCAAAGUUCUGCUGGACUUCCUUAUGGAAGAAAAGGAGCUGGUGUCACGCCUGAGAUCCAUUAAACACUACUUUUUGAUGGACAAAGGUGAUUUCUUUGUACACUUCAUGGACCUGACAGAGGAGGAGCUCAAAAAGCCAGUGGACGAUAUUGUUCCUCCCAGGUUGGAGGCCCUGCUGGAGCUCGCUCUAAGAAUGAGCACAGCCAACACUGAUCCUUUCAAAGAUGACCUCAAGAUUGACCUGAUGCCUCAUGAUGUCAUCACUCAGCUGCUACGGGUGCUGGCUAUCGAGACCAAACAAGAAAAGGCCAUAAUCAAUGCAGAAGCGGCCGAUGUGGCCCUCAGUGGACUGGAGGCUUUUUCCUUCGACUACAUAGUCAAGUGGCCGCUGUCCCUCAUCAUCAACAGGAAAGCGUUGACGAGGUACCAAAUGUUGUUCAGACACAUGUUUUUUUGUAAGCACGUUGAGAGGAUGCUGUGUAACGUGUGGAUCAGCAACAAGGAUUUCAAGCAGUACUCUUUACAUUCUGCAAAAUGGUUUGCUGCUGCAUUUGCCCUGCGACAGCGCAUGCUAAACUUUGUGCAGAACAUCCAGUACUACAUGAUGUUUGAGGUGAUCGAGCCCACCUGGCACAUCAUGGAGAACAACCUGAAGACGGCCUCAAACAUUGAUGAUGUGCUCUGCCAUCAUACCAGCUUCUUGGACAACUGCCUGAAAGACUGUAUGCUCACCAAUCCCGAGCUUCUGAGGAUCUUCUCCAAACUCAUGUCUGUCUGCGUCAUGUUUACAAACUGCAUGCAGCGUUUCACUCAGAGUAUGAGGUUGGAACGCCUCUCUCUCCAACAAGGAACUAUAGAUGGAGCUACUACUCAAAACGAACAGGCUGACGAAGCACAGAAGAAGAGGCUACCGACAAAAUUCUUAGCUGGGAAUGUGGACACCGUGCAGUCAGACUCUGGAUUAGAAGUCACCAUCAGCAAGUUUGACAGUAACUUCAGCAUGCUGCUGCUAGACCUGCUGGACAAGCUGAGCAUCUACAGCACCAAUGACUGUGAACACAGCAUGAUCAGCAUCAUCUACAGACUGGACUUCAAUGGAUUCUACGCUGAGCGCCUGGAGAGAAUGGCAGUGGAGCGGAGUCAGAAGGCAGCUGCGUAGCAUGUUACCAAACCUCAUCAUCUAGCAAUAAAGACAUGUCCUGUCCUCCUGCCUGUACUACAUCAGACCUACUCCAGCCACAUGCAUUUCCCUUAUGCAGACAUAGGAUGUUAAGACAAAGCAGUGAGAAUCUAGUGUGAAUACACUAUACGCCAUUUGAAAUGGAAAGUUUGUUCAUUGCUUCACGUGUAAACCCUACAAAUUGUAACUGUUAUGUUAACUGGCCUCUGCAAAUGUAAAUGAUGACACUCCCUAAGGAAGGGUCAUUCAACCUGUAUAGUGAAAAUGUGAUUGUAAAGCACUUCAUUAAAAAAACUAUUUACUGA